AUGUCGUUAGUGAGGCAAGAUCUCUUGAAACAUCUGAGUUACAAGCAGGUAAAAGAUAACCCCUUUGUGAAUCAUUCAACCGUGAAUAAAAUAACGGCAACAAGAGGGAGAGAACAUAUAGUGGUGAGAAGUUAUAGAAAUAUUAUUGGUAAAAUCAAAUGUGAUGUCAUCGACCGUGAGGGUAUAACACACAAGUUAAGUGCUAGUGUUGCUGAUUAUAGGUAUAAGCCCACAUUGCUUGGUCUUGAUUGGAUGGCAGUGGUUAAGUUAGACUGGAAAAACAUAGUAAAAAAUCUACACUCCAGGUAUGUUAACAGUUGCGCACAUCAGAAUGAUGUAAGUGAAUCUCAAUGUUCUAAAACAGUCGGAAACAGUAAUUCCGAGUUAAAUGUGUUGUUUAAAAGGUAUGAAAACUUGUUCGAAGAUUCAUAUGAUGGCAUGAGACAUGAGCUAGCUCACAUAAAUAUUAGAGAAAAUGUUACUCCUGUGUAUGUUAAAGCCAGGUUUGUUCCAUAUGCUAACAAAUGCAAAGUUGAAAAUGAACUUAAAAAGUUAGAAGACAAUAAUGUAAUACAUAAAGUCAAAUACAGUGAUUGGGCAACUCCUAUUGUGGUAGUCCCAAAGUCUGAUGGUACAGUUAGAAUCUGUGGUGAUUAUAGUGUAACAAUCAAUAAGUUCAUUGAUGAUGAAGUGUAUAAUCUUCCAAGCUCAGAUGACCUGUAUGCUGAAUUAGCUGGAAAACGUGUUUUUACUAAGCUAGAUUUGUCCCAUGCAUAUGCUCAACUAAAUUUAGAUAAACAGAGCAAAAGCUAUGUUACGAUAAACACACAUAAAGGUCUUUACUCAUACAACAAAUUACCAUAUGGUGUAAAGCCAGCUUCAAAGAUCUUUCAAGGCAAAAUGGAUAAGAUAUUGAACGGUAUCGAAAAUUGCUUGUGCAAUCAGGAUGAUGUCCUCAUCAGUACCGAAACAGUAAAUGAAAACUUGGCGGUAAUAAAGGAAGUAUUUCAACGAUUUGAACAUUACAAUGUUCGCUUGAAACCCGCAAAAUGCCAAUUCCUGAUGGAUGAAAUAAAACAUACAUGUAGCCCAGUAUACCAUGCUGCCACUAAUGGAGCAGCUGAACGAGCUGUAAGAGUAGUAAAAGAGGCUUUGACUAAGCAAGUACUUGAUGGUAACUCCAAGCAAUGA